CAUCCAACGCCCUGCGAUCAAGCUCCCGACGUCUGACGCAAAGACGUGGUGGUGUGAGUCUGGCCUAUGGCUGCCGCAAUGGGUGAGAGUGAGCGGAUGAUGUUGGAUGACUUUUUCAACCGGCUUUACCAGUGCGGAGAAGCUGCAGUGAGUGAAACGAAGAACAAGAGAGGAAAAGCAAAGCUGAAAGGGAGAAAAUGCAAGCAACACAAAACUGAAGAGCAAACACUCUGCUCAGAGGCCCAGUCUGUGCCUUGCAGCACUGCACUACCCAGAACAAGUGACUCGCUUGUAAAGAAAGCAGCAGGCUCACCACGCAGGGCUCCAAAGUGCCUUGUCAAGCUGCGUGCCGAGCUUCUCGAUUCUGUGGGUGACUCUGCAGUGCAGGUAAAAGCAAAGGGAGACAUGGUCCCCAACAAUGAGAUUGUCACUGUCGGCGAAAAGAAGCCAGUAGAAGUCAUAACCUUUACUGGUUCUCACAAGAAAAGGAAGCUGGUUACGGAUGAAGACAAAGUGGAAGAAACUGUUGAGCAGAACAAGGUGAAAGAAAAAGUAUUUAAUUUGGAGAGGGCCCGCCUGGAAGUGCACAGAUUUGGCAUCACAGGAUACAGAAAAGAACAGCAAAGAGUGUUUGAACAACAGCGAGCUGUUAUGCUUGGUGCUAGGCCCCCAAAACGUGAAUAUGUAAAUUACAAAAGUUACCAGGAAAUAAUGAAAAAUAAAACCCCAGUGAAACCUAUGGCAACGAACUCAAAAUCCACACUUCCAAAGAGAAAGAAAGAAGAAAGGAGGAACAAGAAGUCUGAAAUAGUCCCUACUGGACAAGUGGGACGAUUUAAAAAUGGAGCGCUGAUUCUCAGUGACAGUGACAUCAAGAGAAUCAAAACCAGAGCCAAGUCAAAACAUAUGUAAAUUUUGUACAACUUUCAAAAAUAAGUUUGAUUUUAGUCACAAAAUAAAUGUUUUAUUUUCA